CUUAAUUCGGAGCGAUUCUGCUCUAAAGUGGGAAAACAAACUGCAGUCCUGAUAAAGUUGCACAGAAAGCUGUAGGUUGUUGUCGCACGUCGCGCUACAGUUUACUCGACUCGACUGAAGUCUAACCCCAGAGCAGUGACUGUGCCUCUCAGUUGUCCCCAGAACUGAGUGCGAGACUGAUCCCUACGCACCGGGGCGCAGGUGGAGCUGUCAUACUGAUCACUUUCAGCUGGAGCUGAGCUGCCCCACACUUGUAAACUCUCAGCAACACAGAUCUGCCUCCUCUUGCCAUAGAGCUGCCCUGAGACAAGCGCCGACUCCAGCCAGUCUGCCUAGCAACGUGUCACCGGCGCGUCCAACCAAGAAUGGAAGUGCCGGUGGAGAGUUGUUAACCUUCUCUGAAUGCUGGUGGCUCUUUAGCUUUUUCAGGAGGGAGGAUGAGCAGGCGUUGCUAUGGAGGAAUGUGAGGUGGAGUUUUCUCAUAAUGAUGUUAGGGCUAUACCAUUGUGGAGGAGGAUGAAUCCUCACCAAGUAGAAGGACUGUACAAUAGUCUAAACCCUAGACCGAGACCGCAGUCUUAUCAGAGUCCAAGUGGCUUGUUGGUCACAGAUUUCCCUGUGGAGGACAAACAUACUUUUACAUUGACCCAACCAGCAGAAAGGAUUACAACUUCUCCAGACAACAAACUCUCUCAUCAAGGGGGAACAAGUUUGUAUAGUCCCAAUGGAAGAAUACUACCGUCAUCAUCCUUGUUGUCUCUGGAAUACAACUCAAUUGCAUCAAACCAGAGGCACUCGCCUCAAGUUGUAAAGGUGGUUUCAAGAAACUCUAUCAGUUUUACUUCCAAUGGGGUCCUGUCCUCACCGAGUCAGAGGUCAAUGAGUUCCAAUAGGACAUCCAAUAGUAUCACCCUGACACCUGACAAAGAACAGAUUGUGUUUGGAUCCAACUCAGCUAAUGGGAUGGUGAAUGCUAAUAACAACAAUAACCCUAUGAAGGCUUAUGAUGACCCACAGGAAACCAAUACCUUGUGCUCAGAUCCUCUUCGGGGUUCCCCAAAAUCUGAUGCAAAUGCCAAACCGGUUCUCCAAAGAACUCCAUCAAACUCAAGCUCUUUGGCUGAAACACAGUCCCUUGUUUUGAGCACCAACAGCCCUGCUGCCCUCAAAGUGGGGGUACAACAGAUUAUACCCAAGGGAUUGGCCUCUGAAAUCAAACUGUCAAACAAAAACAAUUCUCACAACAGUCAAAAUAUGGAGGCCAACAAAAGAGUACUCAAGACCCGCAGCAUGGUUGAAGCAAGCUCCCUUCCUCUGGUCGUGGUUCAAGAAGAUGGAGACAUAGAAACAGACAGGGACAGUCCAGGCACCCUAAGGAGAGGCCUCCGAUCUACCUCUUACCGUAGGGCAGUUGUAAGUGGCCUUGACUUUAGUAAUACGACAGAAAGGAAAAAAAAUAACAGGAUGUCUCAACCAAUCCUGAGAACUGUCUCAGAGGACAAGGAAAAGUUUUCAAGUUUGGGAAGAAUAAAGCGGAAAAUCCUAAGAGGCCAUGGGACAUUUGCUAGUGAGGAAAACGCUGUGUUAUAUCAAAAUUAUAAGGAAAAGGCUCUGGACAUUGACUCGGAUGAGGAUGCUGAUUCCAAGGAACAGAAAGAAGACAGGAUAAUUGUUGAAUACAAACCUUUAAGAUCUACCUGGAGCCAACUUUCGGUGGUGAGAAAGAAUGGACUGUCUCAAAGUGUCAGCCAGGAAGAAAGAAAAAGGCAAGAGGCAAUGUUUGAAGUGAUAUCUUCUGAGCAUUCCUACCUUCUCAGCCUGGAAAUUUUAAUCCGAAUGUUUAAGAAUUCAAAGCAGCUCAGUGCCACCAUGACAAAAAUAGAAAGCCACCAUCUCUUCUCCAACAUUACUGAUGUGUAUGAGGCAAGCAAAAAGUUUUUCAGAGAGUUGGAAGGAAGGCAUCAAAGAAACAUUCUUAUAGAAGACAUUAGUGAUAUCAUUGAAAAGCAUGCCAAGUCAACAUUUGAUCCCUAUGUGAAGUAUUGCACUAAUGAAGUCUACCAGCAAAGGACGCUGCAGAGAUUAAUAUAUACCAAUGCACCAUUUAAAGAAGUGCUGUCUAAAAUUGAAUCACAUGAAGACUGCAGGAAUCUUCCCAUGAUCUCAUUCCUUAUUCUUCCUAUGCAGAGAGUUACUCGCCUUCCUCUCCUCAUGGAUACAAUAUGUCAGAAAACCCCAAAAGAUUCUGCAAAGUAUGAGGCAAGCAAGCAUGCCCUAAAAGAGGUUGGUAAGCUGGUCCGCCUGUGCAAUGAAGGUGCAAGGAAAAUGGAGAGGAUGGAAAUGAUGGUUACAAUCAAUUCUCAGCUGGAAUUUAAGAUUAAGCCAUUUCCAUUGGUUUCAUCCUCCAGAUGGUUACUGAAGAGAGGAGAACUCACGGCCUAUGUAGAAGACACUGGCAUCUUUUCCAAGAGAACAACAAAGCAACAGCUCUACUUCUUCCUCUUCAAUGACGUGCUCAUCAUAACCAAAAAGAAAAGCGAUGAGAGUUACAAUGUCACAGACUAUUGCUUACGAGAGAAGCUCGUGGUGGAGCAGUAUGAUAAUGUAGAGCCUCCGUCUCCUGUAAAAAACAGCACCCCCAUGUUGUACUCAAGGCAAAGCUCGGCCAGCCAUCUCUUCACGCUGACAAUGCUCACCAACUAUGCCGGGGAGGAGGUGGAGAUACUUCUUGGAGCUGAAACUCUGAGUGACCGGGCACGUUGGAUCACUGCACUGGUGCACAGCAAAGACAGAGCAAACACAGACAGGACAACCCUAACUCAGGUGGAAAUCACCCGGACAUACACAGCCAAGCAACCAGAUGAACUUUCCCUACAAGUUGCUGACGUGGUUCUGGUUUAUCAGAAGGUUAAUGAUGGAUGGUAUGAAGGUGAAAGACUUCGGGAUGGAGAAAGAGGAUGGUUCCCUGUAGAAUGUGCCAAAGAGAUUACAUGCCGUGCCACCAUAGAAAAGAACAUGGAGCGAAUGGGCCGCUUGCUGGCGCUGGAAACAAAUGUGUAGUCUUCACUCUCCCUUUAUUCCAUGAGGAUUUGCACUACAGUAGCAGCACUGUGUAUGGCAAUGUCAUAAAGAGAUCUCUGAAUGAGACUCACCAGCUGGGCUCUGGAUCUCUUCAUAAGGACCAGCUGGAGUCUCCUCUAAGCCUUUCCUUUGUAAGAACAACCAUUUGCCCACGCUCCCUCACUCCACUUUGUCGGAUUUGUUUGGGGCCCCUUUUAUGUCUGAAAUCCACAAGGGACGGCCAUUCUGCAGACCAAUAAACACAACAGGAAACUGUUCCUCUUUGCACGGCAUGGAAAAAUGAAGACAUCGCAGGCUGCAAAUUAGUUUGAGCUUGAUACAGCAGAAUGGUACAUGACAAAGGACUGUUCUAGCAGGAACACUGAGAGGGCCGGGGAAAGGCACCACGAAUUGGGACUUAGAAGUGGAUUGUUAAUGUGGAAUGUGACUUUCAAGCUGCCCAUGUGCUGUAUAGGGCUGGGAGGGUCUGUGGAGCAGGAUCUAGAAUCCACAUUUAAUGAAUAGUCUCUCUUGUCACACAGGGAUACGUUUUCCACAACCUGUGGGAUUUCAUUGUGAAGGAAUAAAAGGAGAUGUAAAAACAAUGCUUUUAUAGGCAACAUUUGUACAUAAAAAACGUGGCAUUGACGAGACAGUGUGACUUUAAGGCAACCGGCAGCCAUUGUCCAAUUCCAGUUUCCGGGAUUUGCUUGUUACACUGACAGUUAUACUGGGGAUUUUAUUGCAAGAAAGGCUGGAGAACUGAACCUCUAAAAAGUAGGGAUGCACUCAAUCCAUUAUUUUGGAUUCUCCCGAACCCCCGAAUCCUUCGCAAAAGAUUCGGCCGAAUACCGAACCGAAUUUGCAUAUGUAAAUUAGGGGUGGAAAGGGGAAACAUUUUUUACUUGUUUUGUAACAAAAGGUCAUGCAAUUUCCCUCCCUGCCCCCAAUUUGCAUUUGCAAAUUCGGUUCAGCCGGGCAGAAGGAUUCGGCCGAAUCUGAAUCCUGCUGAAAAAGGCCAAAUCCCGAACCGAAUCCUGGACUCGGUGCAUCCCUACUAAAAAAAAGUCACUUUAUGCCCAACAGCAGACAGGGGGUUCUGGGAUUUGUAGUUGAAAAGCCUUUUUGGGGGGCAGGUUGUUGUUACCUUCUUUAAGGGCUCAAACUCACAGUGAGCUCCAGGAGGCUCUCAACUAUCACUGGAUAAAUUAUAUUCAUGGGUUACGUUUACAUCGGUAAUGUGUAUAUUUCAACCAAUCAAUAAACUUGAUUUCAGCUUCAUCUCCAGAUAAAUAAAUGUACAAAUAACUCAUCACAAGGACAUGUACAUGAUAGUACAGUAUGGGGGGGGGGCAACAUCACCCCCAAGCAUCAGAGCCCACAAUGUUGGUUUACAAUAUCAUACAUCUGUGUAUAAUAUGUGUAGAUUUAACCUGUCAUUGUUUCUGUAGCUGUCAGCAGUGCAAAGGUUAACAUGUUAAAGGGAUGGUUCACCUUCAAGUUAACUUUUAAUACGUUAUAGAACGGCCAAUUCGAAGCAACUUUUCAACUGGUCUCAUUUUUUUUUUUUUUUAUAGUUUAAUUAUUUGCUGCCACCUGUUGACUCUUUCCAGCUUUCAAAUAGGGGGGUCACUGACCCCAUCGAUAUAACAAAUUCUCAGUAAGACUAUAAAAGGUAUUGUUAUUGCUACUUUUUAGUGCACAUACUUCUAUUCAGAAGUGCCACUAAUUAUAUUCCAGUCUUUUUUCAAAUCAAUUCAGGGUUGCUAGGGUAGUUUGGACCCUAGCAACCAGAUUGCUGAAAUUGCAAACUGCAGAGCUACUGAAUAAAAUGCCAAAUAACGCAUUAAACCACAAAUAAAAACCAAUUGCAAAUAGUCUCAGAAUAUAACUCUCUACAUCAUACUAAAAGUUAUCUCAAUGGUGAACCACCCCUUUAAGACUAUAAUGUAUGUUUUUGGGGCCAAAAGCCACCCCUAUUGUUCUAUAGACCCUAAUUACCCUAAUUAACGCUGCUCCAGGGAUUCUAACUCAUCUUAGAUAAAUCACUUGUAAGAUUUUUUUUUAAACAGAAUACUGUGACAUUUUAUAAAUGUUUACCACUGUAAAUAAACAAUUUUAAUGAUAA